CAAAAAGUGAGGAUCACAAGUUCAGCUUUCAUGUUACUCCCUUAUUGCCGUGUGUGAGAGUAUGUAAACUGUCAUCUCAUGGAGUAUUUAAAGGACACCCCGUUCGCUCUUCGUUUUCCUUUUAAAGGCCGACUCUGUACGUACUGUACAACACAUCAAUUACAUCCUUUUGGUUCUAGACAAUCGAUACUGCCCCCUACCUCGCUAUGUUUCAACAUUUCUGGAAGAAGCUGUCGCCCAAACAGCUCUCCAUAUUCAUUCAGACUUUCUCUCUCAUUGCCAUUUUUUUCGAGGGAUAUGACCAAGGUGUUAUGGGAGGCGUGAAUGCCUCGCCCAACUACGUAGCUGAGGUCGGCAUUGGACUUCCAGAUGGGACAGUCACAGACACCACUCACCAAGGCGGCAUCGUCUCUAUCUACUACUUAGGCGCCAUCGUCGGAGCAUUCGUCGGCGGCUGGAUCGCUGAUCGCAUUGGUCGUAUUAACGGUCUCCUCAUCGCAGCAGUAUUCGCCCUGGUCGGAGGUGCCCUCCAGGCCGCCACACAGAGCUCCGACUUCAUUGUCGUUGCCCGUGUCGUUACGGGCCUGGGCACCGGAGCAUUGACUGCCAUCGUUCCCGUCUACAUCGCCGAAGUAUCAUCUGCGGGCCACCGUGGUGGAUUCCUUGGAUACGUCUUCAUCGCAAACUACCUGGGUAUCUCCGUAGCCUACUGGCUUGACUUUGGCCUCUCAUUCGUCGACGGUGGCUAUUCAGAGGUCAGAUGGAGAUUUCUCCUAGCUUUCCAGUGUCUCCCUGCUAUAACUCUGAUGGUUGGCAUCAAGUUUCUCCCCGACUCUCCUCGCUUCCUGGCCUCUGUCGGCCGUCUUGAUGAGGCUAAGGAGGUCUUGGAGCAUAUCCGUGGCAACAAGGGCCCAGAUGUCGAGAGGGAAUUCGCUGAAAUUUGCGCUGUUGCCGAAGAAUCCAAGCCUAGCUCCCCUGUCCAAUUCGCAAAGGUCCUCCUCGGCCGCGCUACUAACGGUGCUCACCUGGGUCGCCGUGCAUGGCUAUGUCUUUUUCUGCAAAUCAUGGCUUCAUGGACCGGAAUUACCGCGGUGACAGCGUACAGUCCCGUUCUCUUGAAGCAAGCCGGAUACAGUUCUGUCAAGCAGAGCGGUCUUGCCGGAGGCCUCAACACCAUCGGUAUAGUCGGCACCAUAAUAUCCGCACAGAUCGUAGACCGUCUUGGUCGGCGUACGUGUCUAAUCGGCGGCGCCUUCGGCCUCUUCCUCGUGAACCUAGUCGCAGCCGCUUUGUACGAAGGCUCACGUGCGGAUCCUAGCAAAGCCGCACAAAUCGCCCCGGCAGCUGUCACCAUGCUCUUCCUCUUUAACUUGAUCUAUGCCUCGACUUGGGGCACCGUCGCAUUCCUCAUCCCUACUGAGAUCUUCCCCUCCGAGAUGCGCGCCCAAGGCAACGGCUUUGGAAUCACGGGAUGGGCCAUCGGCGUCGGUAUGACCGUUCUCGUAAACCCUAUCAUGUUCGGGGUCCUCGAGUCGCGCACCUACUUCCUCUUCGCCGGCCUCAAUCUGCUCUGGUGCCCCAUCGUCUAUUUCCUCUAUCCCGAGACUGCAGGUCGUUCCCUCGAAUCAAUCGAGGCUAUGUUCGAGAGUAGCAGCCCGCUUUAUACCAAAAUGGAGGCUACGUACAAGGCCGCUGGAAAUGGCGAUGUCCUGGCAAACCAUCGCCUGUCUGUCAACCGCAUGUCAGAAAAUGGGGAGAAGUUUACUGUUGAUGAGGACUCUGUGUUAGAUCAUGAACAGGUUUGAAGUAGAGGGCUCAAUUGUAUAGGUCAACUGCUUAAUUCUGUCGAUUUCCCACUCGAGUUACUUGUUUUUGGUCUAACAGACGAACCAUAGUUGAGAAAAAUGCUUAAUUAAGAGCAAGGGAGACAGCGUGGCAGGUGGUCUACAAGAGGAUAGUGGAACAGAUAUUAGAAACCUCUUUGAACGUGAGUUAACCAGGCGCCUCACCUGCGUUGCAUAGCGCUAUUCCAUUAUUAAAUUCGACUAGAAGCUCUAGGCCUCUGUCGAAAUAAGAUAACUAUUGAGAACACAGCGAUCCCCAAUCACAUAGGC